GUGUGUGUGCAGGGUGGUACUCGGGCCUCCAUUUUUACCAGGACAUCUGCAGCUGCUGUCCACUGGCAUGUCACUGGGAGCGCCACAGUGGUGAUACAGUGGUUUAGAAGUGAACUGAGCGCAGCUGAGUGCAGUUUAACUCAGGCAGGUUCACUGUCACUGACUUCCCUCCAGCCCGUUUCCCAGGACCCGCAGGACCCAGGACCCACAGGACCCAGGACCCAGGACCCAGGACCCAGCACCAUGGCGGAUCAGUACCAGUACAACACCAACGAGGAGAAGAUUGUGAAGGACAGCCACACCAAGGAGAUCGACCUGAUCAACAGAGACCCCAACCACAUCAAUGAGGACGUAGUGAAGGUGGAGUUUGAGGACAUCAUCGCAGAGCCCGAUGGUACACACAGCCUGGACGGCGUGUGGAAGCUCAGCUACACCACCUUCACCGUGUCCAAAUACUGGUGUUACCGCAUCCUGUCCGCCAUCUUCGGUAUCCCCGUCGCUCUGCUCUGGGGCUUCCUGUUCGCCUGCAUCUCCUUCUGCCACAUCUGGGCCGUGGUGCCCUGCAUCAAGAGCUGCCUGAUCGAGUCCCAGUGCAUCAGCCGCAUCUACUCCCUCUGCAUCCAGACCUUCUGCGACCCCUUCUUCGAAGCCCUGGGCAAGAUCUUCAGCAGUGUGCGCGUGGCACUGCGCAAAGAAGUAUAGGAACUCUCACACAGUAGUGUUGAUACUAUGAUCGGAUGAAAUUGCAGUAUCUUUUUAUACACCAUGAAGAGAAGUCUGAAGAGAAGUCCUGGCGUUCUUGCUUACUCCCCUCGUAACGUGUUUAUUCUCCACCCGCCCACCUUCAAGCCCUCAGCUCUGAGUCCUGACGUGCCUGGUGUGCCUUUUGCCACCAGACGCUCUGCGACAGCUGCAGCAGGCAGCGUGGUUCUGUGACAGCUCUGGCAAACCCCAGUGGGGCUGUGUGCUCGUCGCUGGGCCGUCGGCCAUUUGGAGGAUCCGUCCGCUCUCAUUUAUUUGUAUCACAUAAAGGCUCACAUGAUGGCUACUCAUCCGCAACAAAUGAAAUCCAGUGCCCAGCCACUGCUGCCCCUGUGGACAGUGCUGCCCCGUACACGUCACAUUUGGCUCUUAUCAAAAAAGUUCUGCGGAUUGUUGCGACAGUUUUAACUUUGACAUAAUAUGUGUGUACAAUUAAUCCUAUCAUAAAAAAACAGAGUGAAAGGAAUUGAAAAGGUUUUCUGAAUGGAAUGAUUCUUUGUCCCAUUUCUCAGUGUAUUAAAAUAAUAUAUUCUGA